GAAUGACCAUUUGUCAAGAGACUAUGGACUUAGAUCACGAUUCUAAACCGAGGCAUGCUGUUUUCUCGAAGAUGGAAGCGAUUAUAAAGUGUAUGCAACAGGAGGAUAAAGGCAUACCCAGUAAGAACAGAAAGAAUACUGCCACACAACUUGGGGUGCACAAGAAAGUAUUUACUGGAAGUGACAUCAUUGAAUGGCUGAGGAGACGAUUCCCUGAGUCUGAGACAGAGGAGAUGGUUCCUAAAGAGGCAUUGCACCUAGCAAACCUUCUGUGUCAGUACGGCUAUAUCUACCCUGUUGAUCUGAAAACAUUCUCCAUCAAGGAUGACAGAUCCACUGAGUACAGGUUCCAGACUCCAUUCUACUGGCCAUUUUGCAAGGAAAAAACUGCAAACAGUAUGGAAUAUGCAAUUUAUUUACAAAAGAGGAGUAUGCGAAACAAGAACAAGCAUGAGUUGGAGCCACAUGAAAAAGAAGCAUAUGAGAAGUUGUUGAAAUUUUACUGUGAUAAGAAGGAUUUUAUCAAAUCUCAAGCUGAAGAGCAAGUUAAGGAGCUGAAAAAGAAACAGCGACAAGACAAGACACUAGGGGACCAACAGGAAAGAGUAUUCUGGAGGAUACAUCGGCCUCCGAAAUCCCAGGUGAAUUGCCUGGAAGAGGGACCAAAGAGGAAUAUACAUCCAACCCAGAUGAUGGCUCGGAAAAAGAAGAAUAAAGACUGGUACAGACAGGAGAUUUCUUUCCUCAAAAAGUCCAUGGAUAGGCCGAGGAUGAAAUUUUCCAAAGCAUUUGAAUGUUAUUGUACCCGAUGGAACCAGUACCAUGAAUAUGAUCCAUUUAUUGAGCCGAGUGCUGCCCAGCCUAGCAACCCUUGGAUCACAGAUGACUCUACUCUGUGGGAACUUAACAAAUCCCUGGUUGCAAGUCCUACGGAAUUGAGGGUAAAGAAGUGGAGCUUCAGCUUUUACGAACUUGUCUCGGAUCAAACUGGAUUGUCAGAAUUUGAGAAGUAUUUAGAAAAAGAAUACAGCCAGGAAAAUAUACGAUUCUGGAACGAAGUAGAAAAACUCAAGGAUUGCCCAUAUAAGGAACUCAAGGACCGUAUGGAUCGGAUUUAUAAAGAAUUUCUAGAGAAGGGAUCUACCUGUGAGGUUAAUGUUGAUUCUAAAACCAUGGAACAAGUACAUAAAAAUUUAAAGGAGAAGUUUGGUCCCCGAAGACGUUAUGCGUAUGACCCAGCUCAAGAACAUAUCUAUAACUUAAUGAAGAAGGACAGUUAUGCACGUUACCUAAGAUCUGAUCACUACAAACAAUUACUGGUACAGGCUAAACAGCACCCCUUCACCAAGAAAAAAUUCUUUAGUUGGAGUAAUAAGAGUAAACAACAGGCACAGCCUCAACAAAGGCCAACAACUCCGAGUCCAAAGGUGGCGAGGCGUCGCGACAGCAAUUCCAGCGAUCGGUCACGUGAUGUUAGCUCUGAUGUCAGCGGUGGUGACUCCCCAGUGCACAUGGCUGCUCCCCAUCACUCGUACAGUACCAGUGACCUGAAGGAACUGGGCAACAACCAGAAACCCGCCCUUAACCAGGGCACCAUUUCCCCUAAUGUAAGACGUCGAUCUGAUGACCCUGGGCGUGGCAAUGCACUUGCUAAUAAACGACGUAGCAACCUGGAAGUACCAAGGCCCUACCCUCUCACCUCGACAACUGACAAACGCAAGUCUGAGAGUGUGCCAUUCAAGACAAACAGCAUUGCUCCCCUCGCGGAGAAGUAAUUCACUAAAAUACUAACUGUUAAGCGUGUCAGUUGCAUUUUUCCACAUUCUAAGUACUAUAACUUAAUUGGAAUCUUUCAUGUUUACACAAUUUUGAAAACCGUUUGUCCCUUCAACACAUUCUUAUUAUUGGGAAAUUAAAUUUCUUACACUUGUUUAUGUUGAUUGCCCACCGCCAUGUUGUUUUAUAAUGUGUUUAGUGUUGACUGUGUGCACCUAUAGAAACACAUUCGUUAACAAUCACAUUUCUGUAGCAUUGGUGUCUUUUUAUAUUCUAAAGAGACCAGUGUGUUACACACAUUCCCUUUUUGCACCUUUUUUCACUUUUCCUCCAAGUAAUAUUGUGCAUGGGUUUGGUUGUUGACCUGUUUGUCUUUACCUGUGAAGUUUCUCUAGCUCAUGGUUUUAGAGGAUGAGUCACUUACAAUUAUGUUGUUGUUAGUCCUAGUGUACUGUGCUAUACAGAGGGCCUGCCUGGGUCGCUGAACCACACCAUAUCCCAACAUUAUAGGUACCCAUACAACAAUUCAGUCUAUAUUUGUGAUCAAGUUUCAAGACUUUUGAAAAAAAAAUUACUUUUGCAUCAGCUGGUUAUAUCUGAAGUGUUUCAAAUUCAUUUUAAACAAGUUCUUUUUUCAACAAUGAAUGCUCUGGUAAAAAUCAGAAUUGGUUUUAGAUGUGAGUGACAACGAAAACUGUGUAAAAUGACUCGUCUUCACUGUUCUCUGAUCUUCUCUUGCUUUGUCAUCAGGGAAUGGUUUACGUUAUCCUUUUGCCUUAUAAAAGUGAUCAGUGAAUCUUUCUUCUAUAUUUCCUUGCUAUAAUUCAGUAAUCAAAAUUGCCCUUUGAACUUUACUUGCUAUAUUUCCGUAAUUAACCAAUUGUCCUUUGAUCUCUCCUUGCUGUGUUCCUUGUUAUACUUGAUUGAUUGGUGAGUUGUUUUUAGAUCAUCUAUCAAUAUUGAUAUCAUGUUUGUAAUUUCUUGAAAUUUGAGCAUGUUAUUUUAACUUUCAAGUACAUUCUUAUUGAUAUGCAUAAUUAAUUUUGGUCUUCUCAUUUCUUUUAAAAGUUUUUAAAACACAUUUGAGCAUCUCUUUUGGGAGUAAAUGAUAGGAUUUUUAGAUAUAUGUAGAUAGCAGGAACUAUUUGAUAGUUAUUUGAUUCAUCUACAGAAGGUUUUAUUUCAAAGACAGAUGCAUUUUCACGAUCGAAGUAACUAUAUCUUCUCACUCAAUGUAUACAAAAGUGAUCGCAGAUGACUAACAGACCUGUACUCUCGUUUCUUGUACGGUUAUCACAUUUUGAUAUUAUGUACUGUGCAUUUUAUCAAUUCAAAUUUUUUUUUAUAAUGUUAAUAUAUCAAAUAUAUAUAAACUUACACUAUACCUUUGUUAUGACCUGUUAAUGUAUCUUUAGUGAAUGUAUGAUCAGAUUGUUAAAAUACACUAGAAAAUUUGCAGGCUUUCUUGAAGAUAUGUGUCGAUGGUGGAUGAAUAUAAGGCAUCACACCUACAUUUAUUGUAAUACAAUAUGAUCACCUUAUGACAUAGUGUCAUUACAGUAAUACCAGAUGAAAUACUGUUUUUACAAUUAUUAGCCGUAAUUAAACCUCAAAUCAUUUAAAUAGGAGGGUGAUUAUAGAAACAAAGCAGUAUUCUUAUGACAGAAGCUUUCACGACAAACAACCAACAGAGAAAAUGGUUAUUAUUUUCUGUUUUUCUGGUAUAUUCCAAAAUGAUUAGAGGAUAAACCUGUCUCCUACAAAGAAGGAUUCUGUAUGUUUGUGCUCUAAUUGACAUAGGAUCAUGAGUUAUUGUAAUUAUCGCACAUGACAUUUAUCUAUAUUUAGACAUCAGUGACCAAUACAUGUUCAAACUGAACAGAAACUUAACAUAUACAUCACGUUUGCUAGAGGUAGGUUUGUGUAAAAAGUACUUUGUGAUGUGUUGUUCCACUGACACAGGGCUGUUGUGAAACAUAUCUAUAACAAAGCCAGUGAACAUUUACUGGUAGUUAAAACAUAUUGGUUUUCUCAGCGUUAUCAAUUAACACAGUGUGUUAUGGUGCAUGUUCCAAGCUGUGUUAAUGUUUUAUAAAAAUCUGAUUUGAUAAUACAAAAUCAAAUCACCGUGAAACUUUUUGAUAAAGGAGUCCACAUGAUUUAUAUGUCCUAUUUCAAAUUUUUUUAUCAUGAUAGGAUUGUUAAUAUCUUUUUCAUUGUCAACAAAUCAGUAUUAAAUAUAUGAUAUUUGGACAGCAUUUUUAAUAAGACAUGAUUAUUAAAACUGUGCCAAGCUUAUCCAACU